UAUCAAGCACACUUCUCCUGCUUCUCUCUCUUCCCUCCUCCCUCUCUGUAAAACUCCACUACUAAUAUUUAGGGUUCGAAAUCCCCGCCAAACUCCUCUCACUGAAACCCCAACACUUUUGAUUCCGAUCCAUCUACUUCAAUAAUGGCAUUAGAAGAAGAUCAAUCAAAAUCCCCAGCAGUAAAAUCAACUCCAAACGAACCUAAUAAAUCAAUUUCUCCAGCUAAAAAAUCUCCAUCAACAAAAGAAUUCAUACUCUCCGUUGCUGGAAAACUCUCCGUUCAACCACUCCAGAAUGCUGAUGCUGGUGUCUGGGGUAUUCUUACUGCCAUCUCUACUAAUGCUCGUAAACGUUCUCAGGGAAUAAAUAUUCUGUUGACGGAGGAUGAACAUCGAAUUGGUCGAGUAGUAGAGGAUGUGCGUUUUAGGAUUGAGUCGAAUGCUGUUAGUGCAUGUCAUUGUAAAAUUUAUCGGAGAAAGAACUCGAAUGAAGAUGUGGAGGAGUCUUGUUCGUCUUCUGUGUUUUUGAAAGAUACUAGUACGAACGGUACGUAUUUGAAUUGGGAAAAGUUGAGUAAAAGUAGUCCAGAAACUUUACUUCAAAAUGGAGACAUUGUGUCUUUUGCUGCGGCUCCUCAACAUGCACAAGCUUACGCAUUUGUAUAUCGAGAAGUUGUCAACUGUACACCGUUGGGGGAGGAUAGUGCAACUCUCAAAAGAAAAGCAGAGGAAUGUGGUGGUGAAAGCAAGAGGUUAAAAGGUAUUGGUGUCGGGGCACCUGAGGGUCCUAUUUCUUUGGAUGAUGUUAGAAGCCUUCAAAAAUCUAAUACGGAUCUGAGGAAGCAGUUGGAAUCCCAUGUACUCAGCAUUGAAGAGUUGCGGAAUGAAAAUCGGGUGGCUGUUGCUCGUCAUGAACAGGAGAUGAAAGAAGUAAAAGAAUCCAUAUCUCAAUCAUUUGUUAAUGACCUUAAGGAUUUGCGCAAGAAAUUGGAGGUUCAGCAGAAGGAACUAACUGAAAUUAGCAUACUUUCAGCUGAGCGGCAAGAAGCUAUUGAGGACCUCAACGAAAGACUUAGUUCAUCUACGCAGUCACGUACUGAGGCUACUGAAAUAAUCAAUAGUCAAAAGGCAACUAUAUCUGAAAUUGAGAAACAGUUGGAAGAAGAACGGAAUCAAAGAAGGGAAGAUCGAGAAAAAGGUAUAGCAGAUCUGAGAGCUGCAUUACAAAAAGCUCAUCUAGAAUCUCAAGAGGAAUUAAAGCGGCAGUCUGAGAUUGCCUCAAAGCAGGAAAGGGAACUCAAGGAAGUUAUAAAUAAACUUCAGGAAUCUGAUAAAGAAAGUCGUCUACUUGUUGAAACGUUGAGAACAAAGCUGGAAAACACAAGGGAAAGCUUGGUGAUAUCUGAUAAGAAAGCUCGCCAACUUGAAGCCCAAGUUCAAGAAGAGCAACAGAUUUCCUUGAACAACAAAAAAAAGGUGGAAAUACUAGAAAUUGAAACAAAAAGAUUGACACAGGAACUUGAACAUGAAAAGCAGGUAGCUCGGGAAGAAGCAUGGGCGAAGGUUUCCGCACUUGAACUAGAAAUUGCUGCAGCAAUUCGGGACCUUGCGACAGAGAAACAGAGAUACCAAGGUGCUAGGGAAAGAAUUAUUCUCAGGGAAACACAACUGCGAGCAUUUUAUUCGACGACUGAGGAAAUCUCUUCGUUGUUCGCCAAGCAACAGGAACAACUUAAAGCAAUGCAGAGAACUCUUGAAGACGAGGAUAAUUAUGAGCAUACGUCUAUCGAUAUUGAUCUCAAUGCAACAUUAGGUAUCAGAAAUGGAAUUAUAGCCAGAGGGAAUCAAGUGACUCACAGAAACGAUAGUACAAGGGAAAACACUGCUUCAGCCUCAAUUCCAGGGGUUAACAGAAUUGAAGUAAAUAGCACAACUGAUGAAGCAAGUGCAACUGAGAAACAUGAAUGUGACGCCAAAACCCAAGAAGCGCAAAACACCCAGGACAUUGAAUACACGAGUGCUGAUCGUUCUGUUAAUGGCGCCUUUGGUUCCGACAUUGAUGGUGUUGGCACAGUACCUGUACUAGAAGGAGAUCAAACUGAAACUCAACGUGUUCUUGGAACCGAAAGUCCGGGCGCUUAUGGGGAUCGGAAUUUUGACUUGAACAAGUCAACAACUCAACCUGUGGACACGAUGCAGCUUGAUGACGAAACACAGCUACAAGAAAAUGGAGAACAAAUACGAAGGUCUGGCGAAGACAAUGGCCGUCAUUCACAGUCAACUAACCAAGGCAGAGAUCUGAAUGCUAUGGAAGAAGACACUGAAGAAGCUGGUGGGACAAUUAGAACGGCAGAUCUUUUGACUUCAGAAGUAGUUGGAAGCUGGGCAAAUAGCACAGCCCCCUCUGUUCACGGAGAGAAUGAAUCUGAAAGGAGUGCAGUUAAGGAUAGUGUUGGAAGUGGGGAUGAAGCUGAAGAAGAUGUCCAAGCUGCAGGGAGUCAGAUUGGCGGCUCAGCUGCUGCUGCUCCUGCUGCUAGAACUAGUUUGAGCCAGGAGCGUGAGGCUCUAAAUGAAAUGAUCCAAAUCGUAGAUCCCGAAUUUAAGAAAAACUUCCCUGAUGGUGGCGGCGUUGGUUCAGGUCUAGGAAGGGAAAAGGAUGAUGAAGGAUCUGUAUCAGAUUCAGACACUGAAGACGAAUGUAAUCAUGACGGUGACACUAAUGCAAGAGUUGAUCUGGAAGAUGGAGGAUCCAUAUCAGAUACUCAAGCAGGAAGUGACCAAGACGAUGAUGAUGAUGAUGAUGAUGAUGGCGACGAUGACGAAGUUGAUUCUGUAGGAUAAACUAACACCAACGAUAACAAAGGAUGUGUGGCCAUGUAAAUAUGAUCUAGAGUUCUUCUUUUCCUUUCUGCAUAUAUAAUGUAUUUAUGUGUAAAAUGUAAACAGUUUGGGUUCUCUCUUCAUGUGUGACAUACACAACAAUUGAGUUGACUUUUGUGGAAAAGUCAAUAUGUCAAACCAUAUUGGGCUGGCUGAUUUAUGGAAAACGGGGCUGAAAUAUCGUUCCCCUGAAUUUUUUUUAAUUUAAAAUCUCGAGAAUAUUUAAGGAA